UUUUCCAAAGCUUGAGGUUUUGUUGUUGAGAGGACUGUAGAGGCAGCGAGCCCAUGCGGCCGGUUAUUGUUAGUGCAGACGUGUCGAUAGCUUACUGCUUAGGCUUUGUGGCAAGAGGGAUACACAUACAGUAGUAAUAAUAAUAAUUAUAAUAAUAAACAUGUCUACUGUGGAGGAGCUGAAGUUAAGAGUGAGGGAAUUAGAAAACGAGCUGCUUAAGUGUAAACAGAGUCGCAGCGUGGAAGAAGAUGUCGGCGCCGGUGACAACCAGACACCUCACAGACCCAAGAUUGAGAAAAUGAGUGCAGAGGUGGUGGACACCAAUCCCUACAGCCGGCUAAUGGCGUUGAAACGAAUGGGAAUUGUACAGGAUUAUGAGAAAAUUCGUACAUUUGCUGUGGCAGUCGUUGGUGUUGGAGGGGUUGGAAGUGUAACUGCAGAAAUGCUGACAAGAUGUGGCAUUGGUAAGCUGCUGCUGUUUGACUAUGAUAAGGUGGAGCUGGCAAACAUGAACAGGCUUUUCUUCCAGCCACACCAGGCUGGGAUGAGCAAAGUUGAGGCAGCAGAGCAUACUCUCAGGAACAUUAAUCCUGAUGUGAAGUUUGAAAGGCACAACUACAACAUUACAACAGUGGACAAUUUUACGCAUUUCAUGGAUCGAAUCAGUAAUGGGGGGCUGGAAGAAGGGAAACCUGUUGACCUUGUUUUGAGCUGUGUGGACAACUUUGAAGCUCGUAUGGCAAUCAACACUGCAUGUAAUGAAAUUGGUCAGAUAUGGAUGGAAUCUGGCGUCAGUGAAAAUGCUGUUUCGGGACACAUUCAACUCAUCAUUCCUGGGGAGACCGCCUGUUUUGCAUGUGCUCCUCCUCUUGUGGUGGCUUCCAACAUAGAUGAGAAGACCUUGAAACGAGACGGAGUUUGUGCUGCCAGCUUGCCUACCACCAUGGGAGUAGUUGCAGGAAUCCUAGUUCAAAAUGUUCUCAAGUAUCUUUUAGGUUUUGGUACAGUGAGUUAUUAUUUGGGUUACAAUGCAAUGCAGGAUUUCUUCCCCACAAUGGUCAUGAAACCCAACACCCAGUGUGAUGACAGGCACUGCAGAAAACAGCAAGAGGAAUACAAAAAUAAAGAGGCUGCACGACCAAAACAGGAGGUGGUGGUGGCAGAAGAGGAGCAAGUGGUUCAUGAAGACAAUGAUUGGGGCAUUGAGCUGGUUUCGGAGGUCACAGAUGAGGAAUUAAAAGCUGCUUCAGGUCCUGUGCCGGACUUACCGGAAGGGAUCACUGUGGCGUACACUAUUCCAGAAAAGGUGGAAGCAGCUUGUGGUGGUGAAACGGUUCCAGAGUCGGAGCAAAGUCUGGAAGAACUUAUGGCACAGAUGAGAAAAAUGUAGACAUUCAAAUGAAGAAAAUUAAUUAGGUCUUAAAGCAGCUGCAGUUUUUAUUCUUAACAAAUACUGUAUAAGUAACGCUUACUUAAAAGGCAUUCUGUUUUUUUUCUAUGUACAGUAUAACCUCAGAGUUACGAACACCUUGGGAAUGGAGGCUGUUUGUAAGUCUGAAAUGUCUGUAACUCUGAAAAUCAGUUUUCAAUAGUUUUAAUAAAUGUGUAUACCUGCUAUCUACACCCUCAAUCUGAAGAAUAAUACAAGGAUACAGUACAGUAAUGCAAUACUCUUAUUGCUAUGGUUCUAAAGUUUUUAUACAUGGAAAUAAAUGUAAGUUAACAUUUAAAUUAUAACUGUAGCAAAAACACCAAUUUAAACGUCCAGGAAAACGUGGGUUAAUAUAGUGCUUUUUUUUUUAAACAAAAAUGCAAUACUUGCUUUGAAAUCUGCCUCACCUUUGUCUGGAUAUAUUUGUUGGUACAGUAAUUUUGCCUUCAUGACCAGCACGCCAUUUAGGAGUGCCUAUCUGGUAGCAUUGCAUGCAUGGCUGAGUGAUUUGCAUAUUUCUGGCUAAAAGUGGGGUGUUCGGUAAGUUUGUUCGUAACUGAGGUUUUACUGUAUUUAAAUGUGGUCAUACAUUGUAAUGUAUAUACUAUCAGAAGUUUGGCCAGGGAAUAAUUAUACAGACAAAAUUGGUAGUACAUAGUAUGGAAGUUGCUGAAGACACAUGAUUUAUUUCCCCCUUGCCAGCAAGGUAGAAAUAAUAAAAAAAUCUGACUUAAAAUGUAAAGAAAACAGAGUUCAGUGCAUACUGACUUUUAAAAGCUAUUAUGUAAAUCAGUCACCUUUCUGCAAAUUAAUUAUCUGUUACAAAUGUUCCACAAAAAAAAAAAAACAUUAAACAUUUCAGCAUUAUGUAUAGUAUGUAAAGGGUUGGGUUGAGUAACUAAAAUAUUUAAAUAAAACUAAAUAUGUUGUAUUUGAGACAAAAUAUAUCCCAGUGAUUUAUAUUUAAUAAAUCCCCAAGAGCAUUUAAAACA